GCAGCGCGUGCAUCCCGGUUCUGUGUGCGUGUCCGCUCAGCUGCGCGCGGAGAUGAAGGUGAUGGUGGACUUUGAGGACUGUCUGAAGGACUCGCCCCGGUUCCGGGCCACCAUAGAAGAUGUGGAGGGGGACGUUGGAGAACUGGAGUGCAAACUGGACAAGUUGGUUAAGUUGUGUAUCGGGAUGAUCGACGCAGGCCGAGCCUACAGCCAGGCUAACAGACAGUUCGUUAACGGGGUCAGAGAACUGGCCCUGCAGUCCACCAGAGACGACGUUAUCGGGUCCAGUUUAGCUGCGUUCGCUGAGACUCUGCAGGAGAUGAACAACUACCACACAAUUUUGUUUGACCAAGCUCAGCGAUCAAUCAAAUCUCAGCUUCACACAUUUGUGAAAGAGGACCUAAAGAAGUUCAAAGACGCAAAGAAGCAGUUUGAUAAGGUGAGUGAGGAAAAGGAAGUGGCACUGGUGAAGAAUUCUCAAGUUCCCCGAAACAAGCAGCACGAGGUGGAUGAAGCUACCAACAUCCUGACCACCACCCGCAAGUGCUUCCGGCACAUCGCCCUCGACUAUGUCCUGCAGAUCAAUGUUCUUCAAUCCAAGAAAAGACUAGAAAUCCUCAAAUCGAUGCUGUCGUUCAUGAAUGCCAACUUGAGCUUCUUCCAGCAGGGCUACCACCUCUUCAGUGACCUGCAGCCCCUCAUGAAGCAGCUCGGGGGACAGUUGGAUCAGCUGGUGGUGGACUCAGCCAAGGAGAAGAGAGACAUGGAGCAGAAACAUUCAGCCAUCCAGCAGCAGGCUGCCCUUCAGGACUUUUCCACUGAUGACACGAAGCUGGAGUAUAACAUAGACACAGAGAAUGGCAUUGCUAUGGAGGGUUAUCUGUUCAAACGAGCCAGCAAUGCCUUCAAAACCUGGAACAGGCGCUGGUUCUCCAUUCAGAACAGCCAGCUUGUGUAUCAGAAGAGGUUUAGGGAUAAUCCCACCGUAGUGGUUGAGGAUCUCCGGCUGUGCACGGUUAAACAGUGUGAGGACGUGGAGCGGCGAUUUUGCUUCGAGGUCGUCUCUCCUACCAAGAGCUGUAUGCUGCAGGCUGACUCAGAGAAGCUCCGUCAGGCCUGGACCAAAGCUGUGCAGAACAGCAUCGCCACCGCUUACAGAGAGAACGGAGACGAGCCUGUUGCCCCGCUGGACCGCCAGGCGUCGGUGUCGGUGGGCAGUCUGGACUCUCUGGGCGAGGGCCGGGGUCUGAGGGGUGAGAGCGCUCUGCACCGUGUGCUGGCCGUCAGUGGGAACGAUCGCUGCUGUGACUGUGGACAAACAGAGCCACGCUGGGCCAGCAUUAACCUGGGCAUCACACUCUGCAUCGAGUGCUCCGGAAUACACAGGAGUUUGGGUGUUCAUAACUCGAAGGUUAGAUCUCUCACUCUCGACUCGUGGGAACCAGAACUGCUCAAGCUGAUGUGUGAGCUGGGAAAUGGAGUUAUUAAUCAGAUCUACGAGGCUCGCCGAGCAGAGAUGGGCUGGAGGAAACCGCAGCCGGGAGACCCCAGGCAGGAGAUUGAAGCCUACAUCCGAGCCAAGUACGUGGAGAAGAAGUUCGUACAGAGGCCUGGGACCCAGGAGCAGAGGUCGAAGGUCAUGGCGCUGAGUAAACACGACAAGCGUCUGAAGGGCAGCGUGGAGUUCCUGCCCCCCCGCCCGCCCCCUCCCACGCCCAAACUCCGCACCGCAUCCAGCACCUCAGCACCCCUUAGUGGCCAGGAGGUGCGGCGCGACUCGCUUUUCUGCCCAGACGAGCUCGAUUCUCUCUUCUCCUACUUUGACACUUCCUCCAAGCUGCGGAGCUUGAGAAGUGCGGACAGCGGCAUCCAGAACAGCGCUGACGGCAGCCGAGAGAUGCUGGCCUCCACGCCGUCCAGCAACAGCCUGAGUGAACCAGAGCUGCAGGAGGAGUCUCCGGUGUCCCUGCCUCAGCGAGACCCUCCGCCCGUGUUCUCCGAGCUGACGGAGUUGUGUCCGAGUCUGCUGCUCUACUGGGCCUCGUGCGCCUCCAGCCUGCCGGACAUGGCCGAGGCCUUCGCCCUGGGAGCCGACGCCAACUGGGUCAACCCGGAGGACCAGAACCGCACCCCUCUGAUGCAGGCAGUGCAGGGGGGCUCUCUGGUCACCUGUGAGUUCCUGCUGCAGAACGCUGCCAAUGUGGACCAGCCGGACGCUCGCGGCAGAGCAGCUCUCCACCACGCCACCAUACUGGGCCAUACAGGGCAGGUGUGCUUGUUUCUGAAGCGUGGAGCUCGACAGGGGGCAGUGGACGUAGACGGACGAACUCCUCUGUCCAUCGCUGUGGAGGCAGCUAAUGCUGACAUCGUCACCCUGUUGCGUCUGGCUAAGAUGAAUGAGGAGCUGAAGGAGUCAGAGGGCCCGUUGGGUCAGCCAGGUCAAUACGUCCACUCUCAGAGCAACGCGGAGCAGCAGUACAGGAAGUGCAUUCAGGAGUUCAUCUCUCAGCAGCUGGAUGAGUCCUAAUGAGUCCACAAUAACAAACACCACAGCUGUGUUAACACCUGAUACCUCA